AUGCUGCUCGAGCGGGUCCGCGCCGGCUCCGAGAAGGCCGCCGAGCUCUGCCCCUUCCCGCGGAGCCCAGAGAUCCCGCUGUGCGCCGGCUGCAACCAGCACAUYGUGGACAGGUUCAUCCUCAAGGUCUUGGACCGGCAUUGGCACAGCAAGUGCCUGAAAUGCUCCGACUGCCAGACGCAGCUGGCCGAGAAGUGCUUCAGCCGCGGGGACGGCGUCUACUGCAAGGAGGACUUCUUCAAGCGCUUUGGGACCAAGUGCGCCGCCUGCCAGCAGGGCAUCCCCCCGACCCAGGUGGUGCGGCGCGCCCAGGACUUCGUGUACCACCUGCACUGCUUCGCCUGCAUCGUCUGCAAGCGGCAGCUGGCCACCGGCGACGAGUUCUACCUCAUGGAGGACAGCAGGCUGGUCUGCAAGGCGGACUACGAGACGGCCAAGCAAAGAGAGGCGGAGUCCACGGCAAAGCGACCCCGCACCACCAUCACUGCCAAGCAGCUGGAGACCCUCAAAAACGCCUAUAACAACUCGCCCAAGCCGGCGCGGCACGUGCGGGAGCAGCUCUCCUCCGAGACAGGGCUGGACAUGCGGGUGGUGCAGGUCUGGUUCCAGAACCGGAGGGCCAAGGAGAAGCGGCUGAAGAAAGACGCCGGGAGGCAGCGGUGGGGUCAGUACUUCAGGAACAUGAAACGGUCCCGGGGGACCUCCAAGUCGGACAAGGACAGCAUCCAGGAGGAAGGGCCUGACAGUGAUGCCGAGGUCUCCUUCACAGACGAGCCAUCCAUGCCGGACAUGAGCCAUUCCAACGGGAUUUACAGCAACCUGAGCGAAGCGUCGCCGGCGCUGGGCAGGGCGGCCGGCAGCAACGGCAGCUUCGCGCUGGACGCCAGCGGCCUCCCCGCUCCGGAGCAGUACCACGACCUGCGCUCCAGCAGCCCCUUCGGCAUCCCGCCCUCGCCGGCCUCCUUGCAGCCUCUGCCCGGCCACCAGCCCCUCAUCUCCAGCCUCGUUUACCCCGAGAGCGGCCUGGGCCUCCUGGGCCAGGGCGGACAGGGGGUGCCCGCGGGCAUGCGCGUGCUGCCCGGGAACGGACCCAGCUCCGACCUCUCCACCGGCAGCAGCGGCGGYUACCCGGAUUUCCCGGCCAGCCCGGCCUCGUGGCUAGACGAAGUUGACCACGCUCAGUUUUGAUGGAGG